AUCAAAGCCAGAGGAGGUUACAAAGACAUUCAUUUAGAGCAGACGGGGGGAAAUAAUAUUAAUAACAUCACGAUUAACAGCUACUGGGGUGUCAGGGGUUGAAGCGAGGCUAAGGGCUUUGCAAAGCCUGGGAAUUUCAAAGGGCUCCAGUGUUAAAAGCUGGGAUGUGUAAUUUCGUGUCUAAUUUCAGUUUAUUUAAUGGCAGGUAUUGGAAAUUUCACAGUAAAAAGGAAGACAUUUUUAUUAGUCAUAGAAGUUUCUUAAGCUUUCGACAGAGAUCGUUUCCGAGACCAUAAGUAAAUUAAAAAAAUAAGUUAUUCUUCUUUGAAGGCUGGGGAGCCUAGAUUUCUUUGCUGUUGAAAGAAGGGCGAUUGUUUCUGAAACGCUGUUCCGGUUUGAAAGCCCUAAACUCGGUUUGACCUUAAAUCUAUUAGGAGGCUAAAUAGAAAACAGCAGGCCCAGAAGUUGGAGCUCUGGUUAUCGAUAGGACUAGUCCGAGUAAAACACGGCGGAAGAUAGUCGCGUCUGGGCUUGUUUAUGGGAUUUCUGUUUUACCGUUGGCCUAUAGAAACAUAUUUAUGUAAACGUUGUUUUUAAAAAAUAUAUAGAUUAAAAAAUGAAACUCCUUGAAAAUUCGAGUUUCGAAGCAAUGAAUACACAGCUUACAAUUGAAACUGGAGACUGCCAGAUUAUUGGACGGAUUGAGAGUUACUCCUGCAAGAUGGCCGGUGAGGACAAGCAGAUGUUUAAGCAGUUCUGCCAGGAGGGGUUGCCACACGUACUGGAGGCUCUGUCUCCUCCACAGACCAGCGGAGUCAGCCCCAGCAAGCAUAGCCAAAGCCAGAGUGGAGACGAGGGCGAGGGGCCUCUCUCGGACCAAUGCAGCCGCAAGACGCUCUUCUACCUGAUUGCCACACUCAAUGCCUCCUUCAGACCGGACUAUGACUUCAGCAGGGCAAAGAGCCACGACUUCAGCAGAGAGCCCAGUCUCAACUGGGUUUUCAAUGCUGUCAACAGCAGCCUGUCCUCUGCGGCCGGAGAGGAGUUCAGCCGGCUCCAGCCACAGCUCUGGCAGGCCGUAGACGAUGAGAUCUGCCUCUCUGAGUGCGAUAUCUACAGCUAUAACCCUGAUCUAGAUUCUGAUCCUUACGGAGAGGAAGGAAAUCUCUGGUCCUUUAAUUACUUUUUCUACAACAAGCGACUGAAAAGGAUAGUAUUUUUCACAUGCCGUUCAGUCAGUUUGUUCAUGGCCCCGCGGGACUCUGGCCUGGGGAACGAUCUGGAUCUGGAACUGGAGGAGGGCAGCUUUGAAGAAGAGGGGAAUAUGGAUGAAGACAGGUGGGCCUUGGUGUGUGGAGCUUUGUGUGCUUGAAGCAGCUGUGGGGAGUGAUGCUCAUACCUGAGGAAUCAGAAGAGAUCUGCGUUCAAGGUUGCUUGAGCUAAAGCUCAGCAGCAUGGAUUUUAACUUGUUUCUUUUUGGGACUUGACCCUAGCAUGCAGCAAUGCAUUGUCUUACUGCAGCUUGUAAUCCAAAUGGCUGCCCCACUUACUUUUUAUUGUCCUGUUUUAAUUUGAUCAGCGGGUUUUAAAUUUGAACCAUAUGUGCACUUGCUGAAGCCACACCCAGGCGCAUUCACUCGGAGGCUCUGUUUGAAAUGUGACUGUGUUUAUAUACUGACAUUGUUUUUAGAGGACUUCCACGCCUUCCAAAUCGUGCGAUGUUCCAGUUGUUUUCUAGCUAGUUUCCGUGUGUGUUUUUUAACUGAGUGUUUUUUUUUUUUUUUUUUUUUUUUUUUACAAAUGUUAUAUGGAACCCUUUAUCUUGUUGAAUAAACAUGUUGUUGGCCCUGGAUGGGAGGGUGAAGAGCAAUACUGAUGGUCAAUCAGCAGGACUUUGCAUUGGUGCUGCAGCCCUCACCCAACCUUCUGGGCAGAAGCGUAUAGUCAUGUGUUUUAUAUUAAUGUGUAUUCAGUAGUUCAAGGUAGUACUAGCUGUCUGUUAAUGUGUGCUGCAUUUAAAAGGCAGAGCUCUGCAGGAUAAAUAUAUCCUCUGUUAAUUAAGAGAUAGGUUUACUGAUAGGGAGAUUUCGAUCAGAAUGUUAUCUGUUAAACAAGAUUCCAGUUUUGUUUAAGGACUCAUAAGGGCCUGGAUGUUGCUUUGAAUAAAGAUGCAUGUGCAUUUGUCAGUUCAGUUGUUAUCUGGCUUAUAGCUGUGUGUGUGUUCAGCAAAGUGAAAAUGUCAUUUAAUUACACCCGACUGACCACUUGGUGCCCCCAUAUCUCCAUAUCGGACUCGAGCUGGGCACCUCGGUGAUGCAUACAUGCCAGGAGGAUGUGGCGUUGUGCUUGUGAAUAAAAGUCAAGGCAGCUGCGUUUUUAGCAGGAAAUCCAACACGUACCUGUGUUCCUUUUAGCUGUCACAAUGAACACUCGUCAAUAAUCUGCAAUACCAACAAAGGAAAUGCUUUUGUGAGACAUUAAACAGUGGGGAGCCUGAUCUCAGUCCGAAAUCAGCCUUUAAUUUCUGGAACGGAAACAGAAAUUACAAUGACUAAGCUUUUUUGUGUGUGCAUUUAGAAGCAUGUGCACCCUUAAGAAUUACAGCCCAUGCUGGGGACUCCCCCAGUGCACAGCUCACUUCUGUUUUAUUUUUUGCAAUAACUCGAUUAUCAACUCGCAGAUGAUUGAUUUCAUAAAGAGAUGUUUUUAUUUUUUCUCACCAGGCUUGUUUGCAAAUGCAAGCAUUUCUAUGUACAGAGGGUGGUAUUCUCCUAUAUUCUACUGCAGUGUUUUCUGAAAUGUGUAAUGUUUCAGCAGACACACGCCCUGUCAAAUGUGGUAAUGUGUGUCUCUCAAAAGAAGGCUCAAUAAAAUGUCUGUUAAUGUUUUGACCUGUGUUUGUUUGUUGCUCUCAAGUGGGCCAGUUGUGUAUUGCAUUGAUCUGGAACUGUGAGCCCACUGCAGUGGCAUUCUGCUUCAUUAGGGUGAAUAUUCUGUCUUGCACAGAACAGUGAAGGUGCUAAGUAAGCAAAUUAUUUUGUUUCUGUGUGUGAUCUCACAAGCCAAAUGUGACAAAUAAUAUUCAUUGACUAAGUUGGGAUAAACAACCUCCAAUCUUCAAAGUGUGGAUCUGAGUUCUAGCCACCUUCCUGAUUAUUAAGUAAUUAAUGGAACAGCAAUCCAGGACCGCAGUUGCCUCAUCCUGGACUCAGUACUGAAACCUUGCUUUGUUAGUUCUGAACCUCCAGGGGGCAGUAGCUGCUUGCUCUUUUGAAAACAGUAGAAAUUAAGAAAAACACAUUCUUAGAAACUGGAAUGACCUCCUCCCCGAAACGGUCUUUAGCAGCCCAGCCCUGUGCAUACAAACAGUACCAGUACAAAUUCCCACGGUACUGCAGCUUUUAAUACAUAGCCACCAAAUACCAAGACAGUGUGUUGCAAGUGCAUUUGAGUACAAAUCUAUACAAAAACAUGCAAUGGCCAAUGUGCUGCUUAGUUCCAGAAAUAGAUUUAAAGAGACAGUUGUAGAAUCUACAUCACUGUACAUGCACCCGUUUCUUAGAAUUCACUGUAAUUAACACACAUGCUCUGCACCUGUUAGUUUUAAUGUUAAGCCCAGGGCAGAGCCCUUGUGAUUGUGUAAGAAGCCAUGUGGCGUUGACUCUUAAAACACGUGGGGGUUGGGUCACUUUCCGAACUCCUCCUCUGGUCCGCACCUCACUCUCAAGCCGGUAUUGAGCAAGCACACGCCUGUAUUUAUUAGCUCUUUGGCAAACUUGUUUCCUGUCCAUUGGCUCCCACUGAGAAUGGUCUGUUUGAGAUUUGCACUCAUGCAGUGAAUGUCAGCUUAAAUUUCCUUUGCCAACAACAACCCCAUUGUAAUGCUGCUCUGGAGUAGAGCAGAGCUCCACUAAAGUACAUGCUUGGCUUCUGGGAGGAGUUUCUGAGGAAGUGGCAGUACAGUCUGCAUGUCAUAAAAUGCACAAGUGGAAAGAGGCAUGAUCUUUAUUCAAACCCCAAAUGCUUGAGAGGUUUCUGUGAAAUUAUAAUUUUAGAAAAUAUGGUCUGUCUGGCAAAACAGUCACGAUUAUUCUGUAGAACGGCAGCUUCCAGUUAUUGCCAAGAUCACUGCAAUAUAUAUAUAAAUAAAAAACCACAAAGAGACAACUCAAGUUACAACUGUUUUAAUUAUUGGCAUCAACAAAAAUAUUCACUUUGCAUAUGAACAACAUAAAACUAGUAGUGUGUGCAUUCAUUCAUUUUCAAAAUUACAAAAAAAAAAAAAAAAAAAUGUAUUUACAAAUUCACAAAACGUGUUUUGUGUAGCACAGACACCAUUGCUGUACAGAAAGCACGAGAGCGUGCAGCUGCAUCAGCGCCGUGCCCCUCGCUGCUCUCAAGUGUGUUCAAAUCAACAAGAUCUGUAAUGCCAGUUUGCUGCCCUUGUAUGGGGAUGUGUGUGGAUAUAAAUAAACAACUGCCCUCCAUCCACAGUCUCAGCCUCCACCUGCACAGUUCAGAGGACACUUUGAAAAUACAAAGGUUCUAGCUUAAAAACCUAAACACCUAUCCAUUACCUUACUACCAAACAAAAUGUUAAUCUUAAAAAAUGGGCUGUUUAUUUUUUUUAAUUAGGACAACCAAAAAAACAAAACAUACCCGGUUUACAAGACUAAUAAUAAUAAUAAUAAAAAAUUAAAGGAUUUGCAUCAAGGGUCCAGAAUUGUGGAAAGGCUCUUUGGUUAAAAACACACACACACCACACCUCCUGAAAUUGAGCAGUUCCCCAGUAAAUGGGAAGCAGAGUGCAGGACUAGCACAGUGCUGGUAGUAUACACGAUCUUCACCAGUCUGAAAGCAAGGCACUUCCACUUGCUGGACCCAAGUUUACAUAGCAAACGUUUGUAAACAACAACGCUAAAAAAAGCACAAUCCCUGUUGUGCGUCAAGUAUAUCAGGAUUCGAUCUGAUUCCAAGGUAUCUGACCUUAGUAAUGCUACACCUAUAACCGGUCUCCUUCCAAGGACAUCUCCGAAUCGUGUGGAUUUCAGUGCAACAAAGACACCACUGAGUGGCUUUUGCAUAGGAAAAAGCUGCUGAGUUUCAAAACAUCAUUCUCAUGAGGGGUGGAAGAGGUGGGGGUCUGCCUGCCAAAUAUAUUCCUUAAUGGAACAGACCUAUUCCCCUGUGGCACUGAUUUGAAAGCACAGCCAGCAGAAGGAAUCUAUAUUGGCUGGCACAAGAACUACAUGAUAAAUGAUCGUUAUCUAUAGAUAGAACAGAACAAAAAAGCAGGACAGGAUUUCACAGACACAGACACCAUUUUCUUUUUUCAAUGAAGUGGAAGCGGAAACUAAAUCAAUAGUGGAAACUGUGUUUAGACACAGGAUGCUGGCUUUUUUU